CAGAAAGAACAGUAAAAAUGCAGGCAGGGCACAGGACAAAGCACUAGGGACAAAAUUGUAUUGAGUGAAUGUCACUUUUUAAAUUAUUGAAUUUCCUGCCGGUUCCGUCCCCCGUAUCUCCUGACGCUCUCAAGGAAUGGAAGACGGAUGCUGGCAUCGGCCGGAGGAGAUGGCCGGGGAUGCUGCAGGGGGGACAUUGUGGGAGUACAGGACAAGGUAAGUGCUUGAGGGAUCCCAGAGCAAUGCUGCAGGGU